UGUCCAGGCUGUGCCAGAGAACAGCUCUGCACACCCACAGGCACGUCAAGUCCUGGAGGCCACUCCUGAGACCCUAGGCCCCUCCUCCUGCCCCCUAGUGUCCUCACCUUGACCCUCUCUGUCAGACUCUGCCCCCCUCUGGGUGUCCCAUUCACCACCCAGAGGCAGGGGAGGCGGUGUGGCAGCGGGCAGGGGCUGGGUGAGGGCCGCCCAGUGCCAGGGUGGGCUGGGGGGCCGUUAAGAUGUGGAGCUCUGCCCAGCCGAGGGGGGCUCCGUGGAGGCAGACGCAGUGUGUGCCCGGCUGGGGGGAAUAUGGGCAGGCCCACAGCCACGUGGUGAAGGAUGAACAUUCGGGGCGCCCCGGACCUCGGGCAGCCCAGUGACGACCCCAGCAGUGGCGGUGAGCGGGAGCGGAUUCGACAGCGCAUGAAGAUGGUCAUCGGGCAGCUCGAGGGCAUCUUGCGGGAGCUCAAGGAGGUAGCCAAGGAGCUGAGGGAGGUGGUAAGCCAGAUCGAUAAGCUGACCUCAGACUUCGACUUUGAAGUGGAGCCAGAUGACUGGACCACAGCCACUGUGAGCAGCACCUCCAGCAGUGACAAGGCGGGCGCGGGCGGCCCCUUUGACCUGGGCCACCUGGACUUCAUGACAGCCGACAUCCUCUCAGACAGCUGGGAGUUCUGCUCCUUCCUGGACAUGUCCACCCCCUCGGACUCUGUGGACGGCCCUGAGCUGGCCCGGCCAGGUGCUGGCCCUGACUACCGGCUCAUGAACGGCGGCGUGCCCAUCCCCAAUGGGCCUCGGGUGGAAACCCCAGACUCCUCCAGCGAGGAGGCUUUCAGCGCUGCCCCUGCCAAAGGCCACCUGCCCCAGCGGACCCCGGGCACACGGGAGAGAGUGCGGUUCAGUGACAAAGUGCUCUACCACGCACUGUGCUGUGACGAUGAGGAGGGGGAUGGCGAAGAGGAGGCAGAGGAAGAGGAGGUGGGCCUGCCCACCGAGCCUCCCCGUACAGAGGCUCUCGCGGGCCCCCUCAAGCCCUCCCCAGCCCCCCAUAAGCUGAGGCGCUCUCCCCUGACCGGCCGCCGCUCAGGCCCCACCUUGGCCCCUGAGCCUACGCGGAGGGUCACAAGGAACAGCAGCACCCAGACAGUGUCAGACAAGAGCACACAAACGGUGCUGCCCUACACGGCCACCAGACAGAAAGCCAGAGGGAAAAACUAGGGGCCGGGGGGGCAGGUGGCAGUGGGCACACAGAGCUAUAAAUAUAUAUAUAUAUUUAAACAAACACGGUCAUAAUAAAAUUUAAAAAUGCUAA